AUGGCAGAUAAAUAUUUAUUCUAUGAAAAAAAAUUACAAUGUAUAGAAUCAUUAUCAUUGAUGCAAUUAAAACAACUUAUUAAUAUAAUUCAUUAUUUAUAUGAUUGUCGUGUUAUUCAUCGUGAUAUAGGUCUACAAAAUUUAAUGUUAGAUCGUGAUAGUAAUCAUAUAAAAUUAAUUGAUUUCGGUUUUGCCAUUGCAUUUAAUACGAAUAACAAGGGAGGAAGCGUACAAAUAAUAGGUCCAUUUACAUAUGCCAGUGAACCAUUUUUAGAUUUAUGUUCAAAAUUAUCAUAA